UUGCUUUAAGCACCUCCGCCCACACAAGGAAGUGGCUGCAUUGCUCAGAGAGGAAAAGAGAAGUUCUGUAAAUGCUUGCAGACUGAUAAUUCUACCCUUCGGAAACUGCUCUGCGUUCUCCAUUAAGUAGACGGCACUUACAAAGCACACAGAAAUGGCGUUUCACAGUUUCCUCCUGGAACCAAUAAGCUGCCAUGCCUUUAAUAAAGAUGGAACUCAAAUAGCUUUUUGCCCAAAUAGUCAUGAUGUCCAUAUUUACAAGAAAGAAGGAGAAAAAUGGACCAAAAUGCAUGAGUUGAAAGAACACAACGGCCAGGUUACAGGCAUUGAUUGGGCACCUGAGAGCAAUCGAAUUGUGACAUGUGGCACUGAUCGAAAUGCCUACGUUUGGACUCUGCGAAACAAUGUGUGGAAACCAACUCUCGUCAUUCUGAGGAUUAAUCGUGCAGCACGAUGUGUGAAGUGGUCACCCAAGGAAAACAAGUUUGCUGUGGGCAGUGGUUCAAGGCUUAUCUCCAUCUGUUAUUUUGAACAGGAGAAUGACUGGUGGGUUUGCAAACAUAUCAAGAAGCCCAUAAGAUCUACUAUCCUUAGCUUGGAUUGGCAUCCAAACAAUGUCCUACUCGCAGCAGGUUCAAGUGAUUUUAAAAGCAGGAUCUUCUCAUCCUAUAUUAAAGAAAUGGAGGAACGCCCUGCACCUACCCCUUGGGGAUCCAAAAUGCCAUUUGGUGAGAUGAUGUUUGAAUCAAGUAGCAGCUGUGGCUGGGUGCACAGUGUCUCUUUCUCCCACAGUGGAGACCACAUGGCUUGGGUCAGCCAUGAUAGCACCAUAUGUGUUGUUGAUGCCACAAAGAAGAUGAGGGUUGCAACUCUAACCACAGAUACUUUGCCUCUCCUGUGUUUGACAUUUAUUACAGAAAACAGCUUAGUUGCUGCCGGUCAUGACUGCUAUCCUAUGCUGUUUACAUAUGAUAAAGACCAGGGGAGUCUGAGCUUUGGAGGAAAGCUGGACAUCCCUAAGCAGAGCGCACAGAAAGGAAUGAGCGCACGAGAGAGAUUUCAGAACCUGGACAAAAAAGCCAGCUCUGAUACCAACAAUGGAACACUGGAUACUUUGCAUAAAAAUAGCAUUAGUCAAAUCUCUGUGCUGAAUGGGGGGAAAGCAAAGUGCUCCAAGUUCUGCACCACUGGAAUGGAUGGAGGGAUGUGUUUUUGGGACAUAAAGAGUCUGGAAUCUGCAAUGAAAGGUUUGAAAAUAAAGUGAUCAAGACAAGAAA